GGAAUAAAAUUAUCGGGGUAAUAAGAGAAAUACAGGAGGAAGAGGAGGGAAGAAGGUGGAAGAAAUCGAUUAUACACAGUGAUCAAUGGCGGAAAAUUGGGCGGCGGACACGUUUAUUGGCUGUGGCGGCCAUAACUACGCGAUAAUAACGCGCAUUAUAUUCACGGCUCGUGCGUCAUAAGGCUUCGGACUGUCGGCACGGCGGUGACAUCAAUUUAGAGACCGUCGGUUAAAAUCUAAUUAUUCGACCGCGUAAUGCGGCUUCGAAACGAAAACGCGCGGAGGAAGGCGACUCCGUGAAACGCCUCUCUUUUCUUUCGUACACUUUAUCGAUCGGUGCGGUGUCAGUGAUUAGUGUCACCUGGUGAUGCAUGUCAAUUGGCUUUGGAAUCGUGUCACUUGGAAACACCAGCCAGGUCUAUUGGAUACCGAAAUGUAUCUCGAAUAAUUAAGACGUUUUCGAUAUUUACGAGACAAACCAAAGAAUAUUGUGAUAAUCGGUAAUUAGAGACGGUGGUACGUUGUUUAAAAUAACGAAAAGGAGUAAAAAUAUGAAACCGGGAGUGAAAAACAUCGAGACACAUCGACACAUUCUGUGAUAAAAGUGAUUGGUGGUGAUCAGUGAGAGUAAUCAUGUUCAUGAUGAUCGAGCCAAGAAGCGACAGGGUGGUCAACACCCAAACGAAACAUCACUGUUACCAAGUGAUCAGAACAACUAAGGUGCACCAGAGUUCUAAGAGUUCGAGGAUUGUCACCGUUCAGGAGAAGGUGAUCAGAUCUCGGCUGCAGAUGGGCUAUUCCACGCCUACCAAUUUCAUCAACCGUUUCCCUCAAAAGAUGGAAAGGCCGUCGCAGCACACGGCAAACGUGAACCAAAUGCACGGAAGUGGUAUGCACGGCGUGUACUCGUCCAGCAGUCAAACAUCCCUGACCACAUCUUAUAUCACGGGCCAGUCGUACGUUCAAAGCCAGAACUACGCUCACGGGCCGUACAAUUCAACGUCUAACGUGAGGGUAUACGCUCACGCGGGAUACAAUCAGCCGCAAAGCUACGGCACCAUGGUGCAGGGGUAUGGUGGUCAGCCGCAAGCUGCAGGGUAUCAACAGAAUCACCUUAAAAAAGGACCUGUACGUAACGGAGACGUGCUGAAGAGAUGCAGGCUACAGAAUGCGUAUGAAUUAUCUCAGGAUCUGCUGGAUAAACAGAUAGAGAUGCUGGAACGAAAAUACGGCGGCGUAAAAGCGAGAAAUGCUGCACUGACUAUUCAAAGAGCUUUUAGGAGAUACACUCUAUUAAAGAAAUUCGCAGCUAUAACCGCCAUGGCGAAAGCAGAGAAACGCCUUAGCAGAAAACUCCAAGAGACCUCGGAGAGGGUCCCGAACGCAAACGAGCACGAAAGGAUGGUUUAUCACAGUCAAAUUUAUAUACAACAACCACAAACAGCGAACAGGCCAAUGCCUAUCAGAAGCAUGUCUCUGAGAGAGAGGAGGCACGUGGAGAAUUCGCAGUCACCGAUACCGAGGAGCCAGAGCGGCAGGUGCGAAGUUCAGAUCGGUGGUCAUCCACACGCGAAUCAUAAUAUACAUCAAAGCGGCAGACACACGCCUUCUCUGGCUCCCAGUCCUUGCAACAGACACCAACAAUUACCACCGAGUCCAUGCUGGGAGUCCAGCUCCCAGGAAAGCGGAUCUAGCAUGCAUUAUUACAAUCCACAGGAGACAUUGUGCGGCAUCAGACAAGAGACACCGCCGAGAGAUCUACUACGAACACCAUGUACAUCACCAUCGACGCCUCAUAAUCUUCAAACACAGGUGGUUCAAAACUGGAAUAGCGCUGGUCAUCUUGGUUCCGCCGGUAGAACGAGAGGAUCAGCGAAAAAAGUACCGCCAGAAGUGCCAAAAAGAACGUCUUCCAUUACGUCCAGAUCUAUGGAGCCACGUCACAAUGGUCUUAGCAAAAGUGUUGAAAAUGGUAGCCUAAGCUCAGUUCAGAGUUCUGGAAGCGAUUCCACUAAUUGCGAGAGUUCUGAAGGAGACGCUCAAAGAGGAUCACCUGUAUGGAAACAUAAAGGAAUCUCAAGUUCACCAGAACAUCAGGAGUGCACUAACCAUACUACAGAUUCUAAUGCUAUGAUAAAUAGUGUAAAAGAUCUUGGUCAUUCACAUGCCAGUUCCGGUUAUCAACUUCCGCUCAUGGACCAUCCGGAAAGUAUACCUCAAACAAGCUAUAAAGUAUCGGAAACGGUUAGAAAACGCCAAUAUCGAGUGGGCUUAAAUUUAUUUAAUAAAAAACCAGAACGUGGAAUCAGUUAUUUGAUCAGAAGAGGAUUCUUGGAAAAUAGUCCUCAGGGUGUGGCUAGAUUUUUGAUUAGUAGAAAAGGAUUAUCCAAACAAAUGAUAGGAGAAUAUCUUGGAAAUCUUCAAAAUCCUUUCAAUAUGGCUGUACUUGAAUGUUUUUCGCAUGAAUUGGAUUUAUCAGGAAUGCAAGUAGAUGUCGCCUUGAGAAAAUUCCAAGCAUAUUUUAGAAUGCCUGGCGAAGCUCAAAAAAUAGAGAGAUUAAUGGAAGUGUUCAGCCAACGUUAUUGCCAAUGCAAUCCCGAUGUAGUAUCCAGGCUACGCUCAGCGGAUACUGUCUUUGUAUUGGCUUUUGCAAUAAUCAUGCUAAAUACUGAUUUGCAUACACCAAAUUUAAAACCAGAGCGUAGAAUGAGACUGGAUGACUUUGUCAAAAAUCUUAGAGGAAUAGAUGAUUGUGGAGAUAUUGACAAAGAUAUAUUAGUUGGAAUUUAUGAAAGAGUGAAGGAAAAUGAAUUUAAACCUGGUUCAGAUCAUGUUUCUCAAGUAAUGAAAGUUCAAGCGACAAUAGUUGGCAAAAAACCUAAUAUGGCUUUACCACAUAGAAGAUUAGUUUGUUACUGUAGACUGUACGAGAUCCCAGAUAUUCACAAAAAGGAAAGACCGGGUGUACAUCAACGGGAAGUAUUUCUCUUCAAUGAUCUUCUCGUUGUGACAAAGAUCCUGAGUAAAAAGAAAAAUAGUGUUACUUAUACAUUUAGACAAAGUUUUCCAUUGUGCGGAAUGGUGGUCACACUGUUUGAAGUUCCUCAUUAUCCGUAUGGAAUUAGACUUUCCCAACGCGUGGAUGGAAAAGUAUUGGUCACAUUCAAUGCGAGAAACGCACAUGAUAGAUGCAAAUUUGUUGAGGAUCUUAGGGAAUCUAUCAGUGAAAUGGACGAGAUGGAAACCUUACGGAUUGAGACGGAACUAGAACGACAGAAAAGCAGUAGAAGCGCCAGAGGUGGUGCUGAAAAUAGAGAUUCUGGAGUGGCAGACGUUGAGAUAUGUCCUUGCCCGGGGCCUUGUUCCGAAAGAUCGGAAACUACCGACAUGGACAAUCAAUUGAAACGCUCUGCACUUAGUAAUUCUCUUUUGGAUAUACAUGAACAAUUUGCUGGUGAAAAACCGCAGCGACGUGGAAGCGUGGGUUCACUUGAUAGUGGUAUGUCGAUUUCUUUUCAAUCUACAUCUGCCAGCUCAAUGAGCCAAGGCAUUAAACAUCCUGGACAAGUUCACCCUAUACAUCCAGGGACUACAAUCCCUGGUGGUGUUAAAGGAUUGGCUCAGCAGCCAUCUUUUUUAGGAGGUCUAUUCACCAAACGAGAACGAAAACUUUCACAAUCGGAGGAAUCCAGCCCAUACAGUCGCACUACAGAAGUGUAAUAUACCCUUUCAAUACUAUCUAAGAAAUAACAGACCGAAUGAAAUUCCUACAAAAAA